GCUUCCAUACGAUGGUUUUGGCCUUUUGGUUGGUUGGAUGCAUCCGUAUAUUGUUGUUCGAGUCGGUGAAAUGGUUUUGAGAUGGGAUGAUGAAUCCAGCGCCGUUUAUGUGAUUCUGCUGAGCGAUCGAUACAUCAACAAAACGAGAGGCUUGUGUGGAAAAUAUGAUUUUGUAAAAUCCAACGAUUUGAUUGCGAAAUCAGGUCAGCAAGUCGUCGGCGAUCAAAAUUCCCAUUUGAUGGCUAAAUCAUGGAAAAAUUUAGACAUUGGAGAAACUUGCAUCGACACAGAAAUCCUGGAAGAAGAUCUUUCCGAAUGUAUGAAUUCUGAGCCUGUAAAACUCAUUUGCAACAUAUUUUGGUCUUUCUUUAUCGAUUGCCAUCUACACCUCGAUCCAGCUAUGUUUGAGACGAUGUGUCGAAAAGAUUUGUGCAGAUGUGAUUACAACACACAAGCAGAUUGCCAAUGUAACAUCUUGUCGCAAUACUCUAGGUUCUGUCGCCAUUGCAGGCGGAAAACCACCUGAAUGGAGAUCAAGAAAUCAAUGCGAAAGAACUUGUGAUUCUGACCAUCAAUGGACAGAGUGUGGCGAAGAAUCUCCACCUACAUGUUCUAUUCCGCAAAAUGUUUUUUCUCAGGAUUGUGUGGACAGAUGUCAAUGUUUGGCAGGAGAAUUUGAGCACAAAGACAGAUGCCUGCAACGGGAAAACUGUCCAUGUCUUCACAAGCGCAAGGAAUAUUAUGCAGGAGAUGUUGCAGCAAUUUAUAACUGCAAUAAUUGUACCUGCCGUGCUGGUUCCUGGGAUUGCAUUGCUUCUCUUUGUCCUGGAACAGCAUUCAUCCAAGGUUUCUCUCAUUUCAAAACAUUCGAUGGAAGAUUUUUCAACUUUGAUGGGAAAUGCAGAUACGUGUUCGCGAAGGACAAUGUCGACAACACAUUUUUGAUAAUUAUUGAAAAUGUUGAAUGCGGUGGAGAUCAAGCAAUAUCGUGCACCAAAUCGUUCACUGUAACACUACAUUCUUCUGGCAUGAACCAGGAAGUGAUGUUUAGACACGGUGGAACAGUGAGUAUCAACAGAUUUGAUGUUCAACUACCGUACAUAUCAGGAUCUUUGGCAAUUUAUCGAGAAUCAUCGAUGUCUAUCCUCAUGAAAGACGUAGCGACUGGCUUGGAAGUUACUUGGGACGGAGAUGGGAACACAUUUUUCACCGUACCUCAGUCAUAUGCAGGAAAAAUUCGAGGUUUAGCAGGAAAUUACAAUGGAAAUGCCGCGGACGAUUUUAUUACGCCACAAAACAUUUUGGAGGAAACAGCAAGCUCUUUUGGAAAUUCGUGGAAAUUGAGCGCUCAAUGUGCUGAUAUUCCGAUUGAAGAUACACUUCCUUGUCAGAUUAAUAAUCAAAAAUUGACUUAUGCUGAAGAAAUGUGUGGACGACUUAAGGAUCACGUGUCUUUCAAACCAUGUCAUGGCGACAUUGACCCUACUCAAUAUUACGAAAAUUGCCUAUAUGACGUAUGCGAAUGCGUCACUGAAACUGAAGGAGAUUGUUUGUGUAAAGCCUUGCUGUUUAUGCGCAAGAAUGUUCAUUUCGUCAAAUUCAUCUCAACUGGAGAGAACCGGAUUUCUGUGCUGUUGAAUGUACGGGAGGAGAAGAAUAUCAACUUUGCAGUAAUGCUUGCAAGAAAUCUUGCAGAUCAUUAUCUAUGUUGGAUGCAUAUUGCACAUCAAGUUGUGCUGAAGGAUGCAAUUGUCCGGAUAAUUAUUAUUUGCGACCUGACGGGAAUUGCGUGGAAAAGAAUAAAUGUCCGUGCUACAGUCUUGGAUUAUGGUUCGAACCGGGCCAAACCGUGAGACACGUUGGCAUAAUGU